AAUUCAUAAAAAUAAUUUUUUUUUUGUAGAUACAAGUACUUUAAUAAUAAUAAAAAAUGAAGCUUCUUAGUGUUUUAUUAUUGUGUUCCGCUGUGUUCUAUGUCAGGGCUCAAGAAUUCUCUAAGGAUAAAUUGCUUAGCAUUGCUAAUGACUGUAAAGAAGAAACCGGAGCUUCAGAUGAUGAUGUACAAGAAAUGCUGAAGCAUGAGCCAUCUGGUAGCACCGAAGCUAAAUGUAUGCGUGCAUGUUUGUUAAAAAAAGUGGGAAUUAUGGAUGCUAAUGGCAAAUUAGACAAAGAUGUUGGAGCCGCUGUCGUUAAAGCUAAAACACACGGUGACGCUGGACAAGAAGCAAUAGGAAUUGAAAUAAUGGACGCUUGUGCCUCAAAAAUGGAUUCAGAUGAUCAUUGUGAAGCAGCUGAAGAGUUCGGUGCAUGUAUAAAGGAACAAGCCAAAGAAAAAGGUUUCGUUAUGGAAGAAUAAAAAUUGAAUUAAAAUCUGAAUGUUGAUGAUAUCUCUGGCAAACGUUGAAGGAAAUAUGAAUUUCAAAAUUAAAUCUGUUAUGAAUUAUUUUUAUCUUUAAGCUACUUUGUCUUCUCGGUGCAAUAUUAUUAUAUAAAAAAUAUUAUUUUGAUUUGUAAAAAUUAAUAAAAUAAUUUUACUUGUGAA